AUGGACCCCAAAAACCUAGAUACCUUUAGUCUGAAGUUAAGACAUGGAGGGAGCCUAAAAAAGAAUGGAAUAGGAUAUGUUGGAGGGGCUACUCAGUCUUAUAAUUUGAAUAUUGAUUUGUGGGGGAUGAUAACUUUAAGGGACACAGUUGAGGAAUUGGGAUAUAACAUGUUAGAUAAAUUUAAAUACUUCACACCUACUAGUGGGGUCUUAUUUGAAUUAAACAAUGAUAGUGAUUGUUGGGCAAUAUGUGACAGUGGCCAGUUUCCCAAACAAAUUGAGGUUUGGGUGAUAGGUGAUGAGGGAGCUGGGGAUGGUGAAAAUGUAGUUGAAGGUGAGGAGGAGUUUGAUGAUUUGGAGUACAGUGAGGGUAGUGGGGAUACUGAGGGAAAUGAUGACUUAGAGUUUGAUGGGCAUGUAGAUCAGAAUGCAGAAUUUGCAGGGGUUGAUGCUGUUCAAUCAUCUAGGGAGAAUAUUGUUUCUGUGAAUGAUGGAAAUGGGGUUGGGAGUGUGAAAUAUGGAAAUGGAGGUCUGAAUUUCUCUGAUGAAGAUAGUGGGAAGGACAGUGAUGAUGAAAAGAAAUUUAAGUGGCCAGAGUUUAGGGCAAAGACUGAGAUGAAUUGCCCUAAGUUCUCUGUUGGAUUAACUUUUGGAUCUAAGGUUGAGUUUAGAGAAGCUGUCUAUAAUUAUGCUUUGCAUACUGGGAAGGAAUUAAAGUUUACAAAGAAUGACAAGUGUAGGAUGUGUGUAAGGUGUAGACAAAGUGGUUGUCCUUUCAAGAUUAAUUUAUGGAAAGUUAAGGAUGACAUGUCUUGGAGAAUUGUUAGUUAUCAUGAACAACAUGAUGGGUGUGGUUGGGUGUAUGAAAACUCCAUGGUGAAAUCAACAAGAAUGGCUAAAAGAUGGGUGAAAGAAAUUGGCCACCACAGCAACUGGAGUACUAAUGAAUUUAGAAACAAGGUGAAGGUUGAUGACAAAUGUGAAAUAAGUAAGAAGCAAGCUUGGAGGGCCAUAACAAAAGCUAAGGCUGUGAUUGAAGGAGAAGCUAUGGACUUUUUCAACAAGAUUUGGGACUAUAAAUUGGAGAUUCAAAAAAGAAACCCCAGAACUUCUGUUGAGGUUAAAGAAACUGAUUUGUUGUAUGAUGGGAGGCCUAGAUUCCUUAGAAUGUAUUUCUGUUGGGAAGCUAGCAAAGAUGGGUAUAAGUUUUGUAGAAAAUUAAUUGGUGUUGAUGGGUGCCAUUUGAAAAGCAAGUUUGGAGGGAUUCUUGUAACUGCUGUGGGGAUUGAUGGGAAUGACAGCAUAUUCCCACUAGCAUAUGCACUUGUAGAAGGGGAAACAAAGGAAUCAUGGUCCUGGUUUUUGAAGUUUUUAAAGAGGGACUUGGAAAUCACAACUGAAGAUCAACAUGAACUGACAUUUAUAUCAGAUAAACAAAAAGGUCUUCUCCCAGCAUUUGAAGCGGUUCUACCACAUGCCUCACAUAGAUUCUGUGUGAGACAUCUUCACGGAAACAUGAAGGUGGCAGGAUUUGUUGGCAAGGCAAUGAAGGAUGCAUUAUGGGCAGCAGCCAAGGCCACCACAGUGAACAUGUUCUAUGAUGCCAUGGCAGAAAUCAAGGGCUUAGAUGUGGAAGCAUAUAAAUGGCUAUCAGAUAAGCACCCUUCUGAAUGGUCAAGGUCCCAUUUCACACCUUACUCUAAAUGUGAUGCUCUAGUGAAUAAUAUUUCAGAAAGUUUUAAUGCCAUGCUAUUAGAUGCUAGAGAAAAACCACUGAUUUCCUGUUUAGAAAGCAUUAGGAAAUUAAUGAUGACAAAAAUAUUUGAUAGUAGAGAAAAGGUUGUGGCAUGGAAGGGACCUUUCUGCCCUACAAUAAUGAAAAAACUUGAUUUAAUUGAGCAAGCUGCUGGUAACUGUUUAGGGAAUCAGAGUGAUGAACACUUGUUUGAAGUAAGAUGUAUGGCAGGGAAUGGGAGUUUAGAGCAGCAUACUGUUGAUUUGUUUAGGAGGGCUUGUAGUUGUAGGAAAUGGGACUUAACAGGAAUACCUUGUAAACAUGGAGUGUGUGCCAUAUGGAUUAGGAAUGGUAAAAGUGGUGUUGUGCAUCAUUAUGUAGACAGCUGUUACUCAAUUAAUGCUUACUUGAAUACGUAUGGAGGGAGGAUAAUCCCCAUUGCUGGUCCUGCUGAAUGGCCUAGAUCAAACAAGCAACCACCACUGCCCCCAUUAUAA